AUGUUUGAGCAUUCUGUUAAAGUACCAAGACAUUACAAAGUUGCAGCUAAUAUAUUAAAAAAAGUGUCAACUGAAGGCGGCAGCGUUAAAACAUUAUUGUACGACAAUAAGCUUCGUCAUUUUAGGACAAAUGUGCUAUUUGCGCUUAUAACAGAAACAAUAAAACAUGCUGCUCAUAUAGACAAAAUAUUCGAAUGUUCUGGCCUUUUAACAAAAGAAUCACGUUUUGAUCCUUGGUUAGCAAAAGUUUUAACAGCUGAACUUUUGUUUGGUAAAAAGUCUUUACCUGGAAAGAGUAAACCAGAACAAACAAUUUUGUCAUACAAAGAGCACUUUGAAAAAUACAUAGCCGAACAUGAAGGCGAUUUGAAGACGGAAGUUGUCCGCAGGCCCCGCUAUGUGCGUAUCAACACCAAUCAUUUAACAACAUCAGAUGCAAUAAGAGCAUUCCAAGAAGAGGGUUACCACUUCAUCAGGUGUACAUCAGGCUCAUACAAUGACUAUCUCAGUCAGAUACAAAGUCUCACAGAAUAUGAUUUCACACAGGAUUACCAUGUGAAGACUAUAUUUGUUUUUGCUCCCGGUACCAAGUUACAUGAACAUGAAUUGUAUGUGGAGAAUAAGAUCAUUCUUCAAGACAAGGCAACCGCAAUGGCCGUGCACCUUUUGGCGCCACCGGCUGGCAGCACAGUGCUGGACUUGUGCGCGGCGCCCGGCAUGAAGACCACGCAACUUGCCGCUUACAUGCGGAAUGAGGGUAAAAUCUACGCGGUGGAGCGAAACGAGCAGCGUUAUCAGACGUUGUGCGAUUUCGUUGAGAAAACCGGAUCCAAGUGCGUAGAGACCUUACACAAGGACGCGUUGGAGAUAAAACGGGGUGACUACGAUGAAGUGGAGUAUAUUUUACUGGACCCCAGCUGCUCUGGUUCGGGUAUGGAAUUAUGUGUUCAUAAUUACAUCGAGGACACUCGAUUAGCUAAAUUGACGUCGUUGCAAGAAAAAUUCCUGAAACACGCUAUGAAUGCAUUUCCUAAAGCGAAGAGGAUAGUUUAUAGCACGUGCUCUUUGUUCCCAGAAGAGAACGAAAGAGUCAUUACCAACAUCGUCAAAACGUCAAGAGCAAAGUGGAGAGUCCAAGACGUGAAAGAGCUGCUAAAAGGCCAAUGGAAUAACUUUGGCUCGGGAAUGUAUGGAAGUAUAGGUACAAGGUGUAUGUACGCAAAACCGGACACUGAUUUUACAAUUGGGUUCUUUCUGGCGGUUCUAGACAGAGAUCCAAAAGAUUUUGAUAAACAAGAGAAGCGUGCGAUGAAUGCAACAAACGGAGUUGAAGACGUACUACACAAGAAGAAUCGUAAAGUUAACAAGGAAGUAAACUCGCCAAAUUGCAAUAAUAUUGAUACGGAACCGCAAACAGGAAUAUUAAGUGAGUUAGAUAUGCAAGAGCAAAACUACGAUCAAAAUGAUAAUGACUGGACCCAUAAGAAGAAGAAGAGAAAGAAAUUGAAGGUCGUUGAGGAAAACUGUCCUAAUAAUGAAAACUUUACCGGCAAUCCUGUAGACAAAGUUAACGAAGUAACGGAUGAAAACGUAAAUAGUAAAACAACAAAAAAAUCUAAACUAACGCCAUCGGAAGAAGGUGAAAAUAUAAACACGGAUACAGAAGAAGCAGCUCGGGAGUCAACAAUAAGUGGUGAAGUAAAUAAUAAAAAAAGAAAGAAGAACAAAAAAAGUGAUAAGGAUAAAAAAAAUGAUUUUGAAAAUAUUGAAGCUAAUUACUGUGAUGAUCAGGAAGAAGGUCCAAUAGAAAGCUCAUCUCAAAAAAGGAAGCGUGGUGGAACCAAGGAUGCAGAAGAAUUAUUGAUCGAAUCUUCUAAUACUGAUAAUGAAAGAAGAAAAAGAAAGAAAAAGAGGCAACGAGAUUUUUCUGAAAUAGAAAGUGAAUUACAGCUUGAUUCCAACGAUUCGGAAAAAUCGGGAGGACCAAAAAAGAAAAAGCGGAAGGAGCAGAUAAUUGAUGUU